GCAGCAGUGCUGGGGAUACUCCUCCCUUGCACCCGCCCUGUGACUGUCUUGCCAAGCCCAAGGGCCUGAGGCAGCAGCCCCAGUAGUUAGCCGCAGGGCAGGGAGGGGCCAAGAGAGCUCCUUGCAGUGACUCUGCUGCAGCCCACUGACAGGUGCUGGGGUGCAACACUGAGCCCAGAGGGGGGCACGAGCCAGCCGGGGCGAGUCUGGCGGCCCUCACCUGUAAAGCCAUUUCCUGUAACACCUGUGAUGCGGAGGAGAGCGAACAGGAAGCAAAGCCAGAGUGCAAUGGGACAAAGCCCAGAACAAGACACUACAAGGAGUAACUGGACCUCCUGAGAUUCUGCCAGGACCUGCAGCAUUUCAAAGCUCUCUAGUCCCAGCCCAAGGGGAGACCAUCGGCUGCAGUCCAUACAGCAUUCAUUUUACUUGCACUGAAUCCACUUGAAACUAUUCAUGGCCCAAGAAUCACAGUGGGGACUUGACUUGGAUGCUCCUGUCAGAUUAGGCUCUGCAGCCCAGCGUGAAAGGAGUCCGUAGUCACUGAACAGCAGUGAUCCAGACUUGGUGUGAGAUGUGUGUCCUGCCCCCCUGCAGUAGCCAGAUCACGGUGUCCUUUCUGACUGCUUUGCCCAUGCAUGUUCCAGAUGACCUUUCCAUCACCUACCCCACGGUGCAGCACAUGCAUGAGACAGCCAGUGACCCAGCUUAGUAAAGCGCCUUCCAUAUGCUUCACUGGCUCUCUUGCUCAGGCUUGCCCUAUGUGUCCUGGCAUGUGCAUGUUGCUGAGGAAUUCCCUCCCUGCCUUGUCUUCUCUCCCUAGCCAGGCAGGGUUGGUAUAAUUGCUGGAGCUGUCGUGCUUACAAUGCCUGUUGUUUGCUUCUCCCAUGGCAUUGAUGCAUCCGUGGUACUUAAAAGGGCUGAUCUGUGUCAGCGGCCUUCUCUCACUCAUCCUGCUUUGGUGCCUGCUGGUCAUGACAGUUGAUGUCCAGAAGAGAUGGCAGCUUUCCAGUCGCUUCCCCAUCGUCCAAGGGAAGCUGCCCAGAAGGUCUCGCUUUGGGGCCAUUGAAUCUACCCAGAGGGGCGUGGACUUUCCAUCUCUGUUCACUAGCUCUCUCACAUAUCCUUACUGUGAGCCUGGGCAGCUGCUCCUGAUCCUCGUGACUUCAGCCCCAGGGAAUUCAGAGCCCAGGCAGGUGAUCAGGAGAACCUGGGCUGCCCAUGAGGGACCGACAGCAUACCAAUGGCAGUCUGUGUUCUUAGUCGGCCAGUCUGCAGAUGUUGGGGUAGCCCAGGGCAUCCAGAGAGAGCAGCAGGAGUUUGGAGACAUCCUGAUUGGGAACUAUCAGGACACCUAUCGGAACCUCACCCUGAAGGUCAUGCAUGGGUUUAAGUGGGUGGCCGAGCAGUGCCGGCCCAGCUACAUUCUAAAGACAGAUGACGACUGCUUCGUCAACACAGACCGGCUGCCGGAGUUCCUGCUGGAGCACAACACUAUUAAGACGGGCCUGUAUGCAGGAUCCCUCUUCUCCAGGGAGAAACGGCAGGUCAUCAGGGAGCCUUCCAGCAAAUGGUUCGUCUCCAGGCAAGACUACCACCCAGAGGAAUACCCGCCAUACGCCAGUGGCAUCGGCUACAUCCUGUCUCUGGAUGCCGUUGAGCAGAUCUUGUGGGCAGCAGAACAUGUCCACCCCAUCCCAGUAGAAGAUGCCUACGUUGGCAUCUUGGCUGAGAAGGCUGGAAUCCGGGUGAAAUCCAGUGCGCGCUUCGCCAAGCACAACGUGAGGUGGCGAGUCUGUAACUACCGCUACCUGAUGGUGAUUCAUCACCUGAGCCCACGUGAGCAGGAGGUGGCCAAGGGGAACAUGCUGCAGGCUCGGAGUGCUUGCCAUGACAGUCUGGAGGUCACCAGGUGGAAGUGAGCCACUGUCUGCCAGGAGGGCUGACAAGGGACCUGGCAACCUCAUGCCUGUAGCACAGUCUGAAGGGGGUUAUACAACCGGUGCUCAGGGUUACCUCUACCCCAAGGCCUCGUCCCAGGCUCUGGAGGGUGGUGAAGCACUGGAAUGGAUUGCCUAGGGAGGUGGUGGAAUCUCCAUCCUUUGAGCUUUUUAAGGCCCAGCUUAACAAAAGCCCUGGCUGGGAUGAUUUAGCUGGGGUUGGUCCUGCUUUGAGCAGGGUGUUGGACUAGAUGACCUGUGGUCGCUUCCAUCCCUAAUUUUCUAUGAUUCUAGGUCAGCCCCUGCCAUGCACUCUUGCCUGGCACUCUAGCUGUCUACCCUUCCAUUGUUAUGGACUUCCGGAGAGUGAAAUGGCCCUGCCCGGCUUGCCUGACAGGCAGCAUCUUACUUGCCAUGAGGUUGGGGCUGGGAGCCAGGAGCUCUGGAGUGGGAGUCCCAGCUCUGCUACUAACCUCAGGCUAGUGACUGACUGAUCUUGUGCCUCAGUUUCCCAACCUGUAACGUGGGGAUAACUAUCUGACUCCACUCCAAGGCCUGUGGAGAGUAAUUGGUUCAUGUCUGUAGGGCUCUGAAAAAGUGGUGUGGGAGGGGCCAAACAUCAUUAAUACAGAGGGACUCAAGGUCUCAGUAUGUCAUGGCCAGCUGAGGCUCCUGCUAUUUAGAUGCAUCAUGGCAUGCUAGGACCUGUAAUCCCCACAGGCUGGCUGCAGUCUGCUUCAGUCUGUGGCCAGCUGCUGGCAGCCCUUAGCUGAGCUAAAUUGGAAGGUCCAAGGUCACCAGGACUUCGCUGCUUCUAACACUACAGUGCCCUGGGGCGCAGGGUGAGCCUUGGAGCUGAGAGGGGAGGACACCAGCCAUGACAAAUGGGAGUGGGGAUGGCCUCGGCCUCCAGAAGAGGGCGUGCUCCUCAUGCCCAGUGUCUCCAGCCCUCCCACAGCUGAGGCUCUCACUGGCUGCCUUAUGAAGCGGGGGUUGCUCAAUGUGUGACCUACCAAACUAGCAGCAUUACUAGCCUCCCUGCAUGCUGCUGGUGAGGCUUGAAAACACCAGGGUAGCCCAGAACCCCUGCGGGAGUGACCCUGCUUUCCCCCAUCUCUAUCACCUUCCCAUGGUAGGGGGAUGGGACUUACCUGUGCUUGGUGCAAUGGCACAAG